AUGAAUGUCUUAGUGUACUCGGGUCCUGGAACAACUACAGAGAGCGUAAAGCACUGUCUUGAUUCGUUGCGCCUUCACUUAUCCAAAUACUAUGCCGUGCUUCCCGUUAGUGAAACUGUUUUGCUAACUGAGCCUUGGAUGAGAAAAACCUCAAUGUUGGUUAUCCCAGGAGGUGCUGAUUUACCGUAUUGUCAGUCCUUGAAUGGAGAGGGAAACAGAAGAAUCAAAAAGUAUGUCAAAGAUGGUGGGAAAUUCAUAGGGUUUUGUGCCGGAGGAUACUAUGCGUCUGAGAGGUGCGAGUUCGACCUUGGUGGUCCAUUGGAGGUGUCAGGCUCUCGAGAGCUCGCCUUUUAUCCUGGAACUUGCAGAGGGUGUGCAUUCAAAGGGUUCAAAUACGAGCUGCAUUUGGGUGCAAGGGCAUCAAAGCUACUGGUCAAUACUCAUGCAUUGCCCAAAACAUCGGAACACGUCUAUACUUAUUACAAUGGUGGGGGCCUUUUCCUUGAUAGUUCAAAGUUGAAAGAUGUUGAAGUGUUGGCAAGAUACGCCGAGAAAACUGAUGUUGAUGAUCAAGAUGGAGCUGCUAUAAUAUACAGAAAAAUAGGCAAAGGCGCGGUGAUAUUGACUGGACCGCACCCUGAAUUCUCACCAAAAUUGUUCAAGGAGGUUGAAAAAGAGUUUGAACCCGUUGUUGAUAAACUUAGAGAGCACGAUAGAGAAAGAAGAGUUUUCACGAGAGAGUUGUUGAGAAAAUUGGGUCUUCGUGUGAGUGAAGACACCGAGGACACUACACCAAAAGUAACUCCCAUGUACAUCGCCUCGCCAUUCUCAGGUAAAGUUAGCAACAUAUUCAUGACCUUAAAGAAGAACCUAGAUGUUAACAAUGGCCUCUUUAACGAUGACAAUGACACUUUUCUUUUUCAAGAUGAAUCCAACCCACAAAAUCACACCAAUGACUUGCAACAAGAUGACGAACAAGAUCCUACAAAGGGGGUCAAACAUGUGAAUUUCAUCACUUCAGGAAACAUACCCACAGGCAAAAUGACUCCAUAUUUCAACUUGCAAAAGUACUUCGACACUCUUCGCAAAUUAUCAAAGGAUACUGUGACCGACUUUGGAGGUAUUCUUGGUUACUCCGAAGUCAUUACAUCAACAAGCACCAUUCUUGAAAAGAAUCCACAUUGGUUGAAAUAUCUCCCCCAUGGGUUCGCUUUGACUGCAUCCACGCAGAUCUCUGGUCGAGGAAGAGGAGGUAACGUUUGGAUCAAUCCUCGUGGGGUGUUGGCCACCUCGAUCUUGUUCAAAAUUCCCAGGUCAGAACUGGUGUCUUCCUCAAUUGUGACUUUACAGUAUUUGUGUGGAUUGGCUCUUAUUGAGGCCAUCCUUGGAUAUGGAAGUCUCGUCUCUGGCGAGGGUGUUGGGUACGAGGAUUUACCAGUGCGUCUCAAGUGGCCAAACGAUAUCUUCAUAUUAAAACCUGAAUAUUUCAGCGACUUGAAACAAGAGGUGGGAUCGACCGUUGAUGGAGACGACGAGAAAUACGUCAAGGUGUCAGGUGCGUUAAUCAAUUCGCAAUUUAUUGAUGGUGAGUUCAAUUUGGUUUGGGGAGGAGGUGUCAAUGUUUCCAACGAUGCACCUACAACUUCAUUGAACUUGGUGUUGCAAAAACUCAAUGACAUUAGAGUCAGCAAAGGACAAUCUGCUUUGCCACCAUAUGAAAUUGAAGUAUUGUUAGCAAAGUUAGUUUUCACCAUUGACCAGUUCUACACCGUUUUCAAGAAGUCAGGAUUGCGUCCAUUUUUACCUUUGUAUUACAAGAGAUGGUUCCACUCUGAUCAAAGAGUUGUUGUCUCUGGAGAUCAUGGUCAGUCCCGAACAUGCGUCAUCAAGGGCAUAACCCCGGAAUAUGGUUUACUUAUUGCAGAAGAUGAAAAGAACCAUGAAGUUUUGCAUUUGCAACCAGAUGGAAACUCAUUUGAUAUUUUCAAGGGUUUGGUUUAUAAGAAGAAUACAUAG